AGGAAUUGAUAUCUUAAUUGCAAUAUAUCAAAAAAAAUUGCUAAUUGAGAUGAAAAAAAUGGAAGUAACUUGUUUUUAUAAAAUAAAUAAAAAUUGAAAAUCAGUUUCUUAAUCAUCUCAAUUUAAGAAUAGUGCAAUACUAAAAUUUUAGUCUUUAUAAGCUAAUAGCAGUUGCUUAAAUUUUAUUAUUUAGAUUAAUGAAAUAAUUUAAGUAAUAUUAGACUGAAAGUUUAACUAAGAUUGGCAGAGAGAAUAUUAAAAACAAACUUAAAUGUUUGAUUCCUAAUUAUAAUAACUAGAAACAAAUUAUUGGCAAAGAAAAGCUAAAGUAUCAGUGUUCAACUAAUACUCAUGAUAACUCAAAAAUUAGUAUGCAAACUAAAGAAACCAAUUAUACAAAUGCUAAAAUUGUAAGUAAAAAAUGGUUACUGAAAAAAAGGAGGCUUAACUAAUAGCAUCCUGUUAUGGAAAUACCUUAAUUUGUUGUUAAACCAUACAUUAGACUAAAAUUAUUUGUAAAUUGUUAGUAAAUAGAAAAAUAUUGA